CAGCAGCUUCAAACCUCAGCACAGUCAGUCUCCAGGCACACUGCAUCUCAGCUCACGUAGAGGUAUAGAGUACAAAGUUGAGACAGUGCCAUCUAACCGAUCGAGAGGACUUGUUGCUGAGCAUUACUUACUCUUAAAAGUUUUUUUUUUCGCGAAGGGUUGGUAACCCCUUCUUUCAUUUGUUGCAACCACGGCUUUCAUGCAAAGUCUGACCAGUUGGGACUCGCGUUGCGACUCGCCAUGUUUCCAGACGGCUCAGACUUACACUAAUUUGAUGGAAGUGGCCAAUUUCUACGAGUCGGACUGUUCCCUGAACAAGUUGCACCGCGACCGUUCAAUGACAGAUCUGGGCAUCGGAGACAACGAGAGUGCCAUCGACUUCAGCCCUUACAUCGACCCGGCCACCGCCUCGGCAGCAGGGGGCAACUUUGAGCUCAGCAGCGACCUCCUGACGGAUAUUAUGCUGUCAGAGGAGUAUAAGAAGAAAUCCCUGCCCGACUACAACACCUACUUGUCCAUGAUGCGCAGCUCCUCGGCCGGCGCCAGGCACCAGGGCAACAUCCUGAGCUGCACCCCGCAGUUCCUGGAAACCCGGCUGGACCCGGUGUUCGAGCAGAGCCCGGACGGUAAAAGGGUCAAGCAGGAGUCCAGGGAGGAGGACGGCGGCCUGUCGGCGGCGUCGGCCUCUUCCUCCUACGUGAGGCCGCUGCUGCAGUACCAGUGCGUGGCCAGCGGCAGCAACAGUAACCUGUCCACCUCCUCCCUGUCCUCGUCCACCCCGCCGGCCACCCCCAACUCGGCCGACUCCAGCCGGGCUGCCGGCGGCGGCGGCAAGAACAAGAACAAGAAGCUGGUGGACAAACACAGCGACGAGUACCGGCUGAGGAGGGAGAGGAACAACAUCGCCGUGAGGAAGAGCAGGGACAAGGCCAAGCUGAGGAAUGUAGAGACUCAACACAAAGUGCUGGAAUUGACCGCCGAGAACGAGCGGCUCCAGAAGAGAGUGGAUCAGCUGAGCCGGGAGCUGGCAACUCUGAGAAACUUGUUCAAACAACUGCCCGAGCACACCCUGCUCAGUGCAUCAAGCAACUGCUGACAUCCAGUGCACAGCUCCCAAUAUUUAUAGGUCUUUUCUUUAAAAAAAAUAAAAAGGAAGGAUACCGUGACUUUUGCAAAAGAAGGUGAUCAAAGAACUCUUUGUAUAUAGAGGAAUUCUCUCAGUGUUUACAGCACAUUGCAGAAACCGAGGUUAUAUAUCGUUUAGAUGACCUUAUCUCUGCGUUUGAAACUGCAGGGAAAGGGAUGAAUGAUGUUUAUUGAAACCAGAAAUGUGGGUUUUUUUUAUAUAUAUUAAUGUAUAUAAAAUGAUGCCGUGCUUAACUGUGACUUUGCUCAGUCGAAACACAUGACGCAACAGCGUGUAACUUGCCAAGUGUGAGAUUCAUUGUAAUUGUCAGAUGACAGAAACGUUUUUCUUAUUACAAAUGUCUCGGGGCCUUUUUCCCCACCAGAAAUAUUCUAUUUCUUUAUUUCUUACGUAUGUAUAGGGGUUUUUUUGGGGGGGGGGGGGGUUCCUGCUCCUAUUAAGACGCGUUACACAGCAUUACUGUAGAUGUAUUGAAUAUUUUUUAAAAAUAUAAGUAUUAUUUUUGACACAGAAAGUGCUUGAACUGCCGUUUUGUAACUUCUCGGGUGGCGCCGCCUGUCCCCCAAGAGACGGGUCGAGGCUGCUGCUGUGAAAUAAAGGUUAUCUCUUCCAAAUUUUAUAUGGACUCCUCCCCCUCCCCGCACCCCCCCCCCCCCCCCCCCCCCGAUUUUUUUUUAAAUGAACUCGAUAUUUCGGACGUAGUUUGUUCGGCGGUGUUUUCAGCAGUUUUUAAAUCAACGCUGAAAUGUUUUCAUUUGAAUUGCGUCACUCCAGCAAGUGACUCAGCAUGCAAGUGUAUUGGAGAACAUUUUAUUCUGUUCACUUCAGCACUUGAAUUGGGUACAAAGUUGGGAAAUAAAUGGUAGAUAUUUACAUUUUAGGAAUAUAUGUUGAUUGUUGACUAAAAGCUGCAGUAUCCCUUUUCCAACCAAGUUGCUGCCAGUUUGGGUAAAUUCUAAACCGGUUAAAAGUAGGUCAUCUCCGGAUAGAUUGUGAAACAGGUCGUAAAUGAAGAUGUGUCGAUCAUUGUGACUCUACGAAGUUACGUAAGUUAUUAAAGCGAAUAGAAACUUCACUUGAGGGACCAGGUGUUCUGUUAAAGAUUACGUUGGACGAUAACCGGGAAAAGGAAUGCUGCAAUUUUAAAUCAACUUUGAUUGUGGGUCAAAGAAAUAGCAGAAAUUAUUUUUAUCAAAUGAGCAAUAUUGUAUUUAUUUUUCUCUUUUAAAAUCGAAUUAAAAUCAGUUUUAGUGCAAAAGCAAA